CAACAAGAUGUUUCGAAUGAGCCCACCAAUGAGAUCCUGACCGCCCUUCGCCAGUUGUUGGAUGAGCGCAAGAAGCGCUCCACUGGGAGCGAUGCAUCCUGGAACAGCAGGCAGGGGCCUGAGAAGCAUGUCAAGUGGCGCGGUGGAGCAGCACCAUCUCCACCAGCAUGGAAGCCACAAGCAAACGACCUUAGAGCUUUUGCCCGUUGGGAGCGUCGCAUUGAGAUUUGGCGUUUGCAAGUUGUUGCAUACAUGCCUCCACAAGAUGCAGCGUUGAUGUUGCUGACCUCCCUGACGGGGGAAGCUGAACUGGAAGUUGAACACCUCGAUCUCCAGAAGGUUCACCACCGCAAUGGGAUUCAAUACAUUUUGGACACAUUGCGUGAGCCCCUACAGCAGAAGCAGUUGUUUCAGAAACGCACAUUGUUGGAUUCUUUUGAGAAGCUUUCGCGUUUUCCCAAUGAGAGUUUGAGGCAAUAUAUCAACAGAUAUCGUCGAGUUGAGAAGGACCUCGAGGCCAUUGGGAUUUCCAGCUCCAACAUGUACGACUCUGAGAGCAAAGGAAACAGACUGCUGGAAAGAGCGCGCUUGGCACCCGAUCUUCAAAGAUUGGUCAUGAUUGCUGCUGGCAACAGCUUGGAGUACGAGCGGAUCCAGGAGGCCUUGAACCUCCAGUUUCCAGACUUCAAGCCGGCACCAGCUGUUUUCCAGCGAGAGCGUGACAAUGCUUCGAGACCUCCACCUUCAGGUAAAGGAUCAGCAUUCAGUUCAAGUUCAUCGACUGCAGCCUCAACUUGGUCCUCAGCCAGUUCACGACCCUCAUCCAAAGGAUUUGGGAAGCAUCAUCCCAAAAGGGCAUUUGUUGCAGAGCAGGCUGAUGAGCUGGGUGACAUUCCGGAACAACCGGAAGAUGAGGAGCCAGUUGAUGAUGAUGGUUUCUAUGAGGCCGAAGAAGAGCCUGCAGAAGCCACAGUUGACAAUGACAAUACAGAGGAUGCACCGGAAUCCGAGAUACAAGAUGCUGUUGCUCAGUUAGCCGACGUGCUCACGGUGACUUCUAAGAAGUUGCAAAGUACAGUUCUUGGCCGCAAAUUCACCGGCCGACCUCGCACCAUCGAUGACCGGAAGCGGACUUCAACUUGCAGUGCUUGUGGACGUGUCGGACACUGGCACGGAGAUGCAAUUUGUCCGCAGAGCGGUUCAUCGAGUCAAGGCCAUGACAACAAAGGCCGUGGCAAGAGCAACUCCGAUGGCAAAGGAAAAGGACAGCAGCAUCGGGGUAGCAGCAGCACUUCUCAACCCACCAAGCAGGCGUUCAUGGUGCGUUUCCCCGACUCCGAUGAACCCGAGAAGGACUUUGACCACCACACCUCCUACUUUUCGUACACCACCUUCUUUUUGGGCAAUCAACCAACCACCACCUUUGUCACCGAGGUGAUUGAUUUUUCCGGAACAAUGAUUUUGGAUACUGCUUGCCAGCGAGCUUGCUGUGGAAACUAUUGGUUGAGUCUUCAUUCCAAGAUUUUGUCCCACCACCGCCUCACGGUCAAGAAUGUGGAGACCACCGAUUUGUUUCAAUUUGGCUCAGGUGGCCCGAAGCGCAGCACCUGUCGAGCAUACCUACCUGCAUCACUACCAGGCCAGGAGACUCAGGGUUUGCUGCUAGGUGUGAACGUGUUAGAUGCUGAUAUUCCUUUUUUGGCUAGCAACACGAUGUUGCAGAAGCUUGGAUGUGUCAUUGAUACUGCACAGUGCAUUGUUGUGUUUACAGUUUUGGGUGUCACACUUCCUUUGCACUUCAAGCACGGCCAUUGGGCAGUCAGCAUUUGUUCAUUUCCUUCGAAAGUUCAUCAAGAUGUUUGUUGGAAAGAGUUGAGCCGUGCACACGUUUGGCAUGACCCGGAUCCAGAAGUUGUUUUUCCAAGCAAUUCGAUCACCGACCAGCUUCGCCUUCCCAUGCUCGGUCUUCCACCAGAAUGGAUGCAAGCUUGGCGAUCCCUCGUGAUGAAAGUCAUGAUGCUGGAGUUCCGAGCUUUGCGAGCGAUGGCUCGCCUUGUGAAGUUUGGUUUGAGGCCACGCCGUUGGAUGACGGCUUGGGAGUUGGAGGAGCUGAAGAAGGACCAUGCCAAGGACAUGGCACUUCAGACCAAGACCACACCGCCUCAGCCAAUGUCGACAUGCACCCAUCCGGAGUUCCGCCGUUACGGCAACAAGCACGGGAGCUACGCCCAGUGCAAAAGGUGCAUGGCCAGGUUCCAGUGGAAUCCCGACGAGGGAGGAUGGCUUCAACUGGGCGGGGACUCAUCCUUGCGAUUUACACCCUUGCCGCUACCCUCCUCGGACAACAUCAUUUGUCCGGUGACAGGUUUGGACGCCAUCCAGUACAAGCAGGGAGCCCUGGCCAAGUCGACGCCCAAAGCCAAGGCGAAGAGCAAGAAGUCCGCAACAUCCUCGAGCGCUUCGAACACCUCUCGGACCAUGAAGGGCAGUGGAAAGGGCAAGAGCUCGGUGCCGACCAUCCACCUUCCUCUGCAAGACGAUCAAGCCGUGUGGACCCCGGAGGAAUGGGAAGCUCAUUGGGAGCAGAUUCGGGCCGACUACCACCCGAACGAUGUGAUCAUGCCGGACUCCGACGAUCCCGACCAGUACCCGGACGAUCAGGACACUCCGAGGUGUCACUACUUCGACUUGCAACAUUGUCCAUGCCCUGUACCUCUCCAGAGGCUUGAACCAGUGUGCACAGCCGAGAUGGAGUUCCCAGAUGGCAACUAUGGAACCUACACCUAUGAAUGGAAGAGCUCACAGCCUCCCAAUCCCGUACAGUGGACUGGCAGAACGGUCUUCACGAUCAUCACCCAGUUCAACAAGAACAGCCUGACCUCGGUGAAGAACAGGCGUAAGCUUCUUGAUGAGGUUCGUCGAGCUCUCCGUGUCUAUGAGAUUGAGUAUGUGGCCAUGGAUGGCUUGAGAGAAAAGCGGCCAGUGUCUCAGGUUGACGUCUUUGAGGUGCUGGACACGAGCUGUCUGUGA